AUGUUACUUGGAAAAUUCUACUUUGGCUUCUGUUACGAGACCUCAAGCGUUACUUUCCACCCGCCGCCUUGGAUCUCUGAAGCCAUCCUAGGCCUCGCAACUUUUCACACUCCGUUCCCAAUGUCUACGCCUCUGCGAGCGUCCACGCUUGCUGAGGAGAAGCAGAUCAACCUUCCUUUCGUCUGGAAUUCCAGCAAAUGUGAACAAUCAAUGCACCAAAGUUUGGCAAUGAUCGGAGUUGCCUGUGUUUAUAUUCGAGCGUUGUGA